AUGAACUACCAGGACUCGGAGCAAGUCAUUCACGACAGAGUCAACCUCGGACGGCUGGUCCGUAAACUGGAGAAGACGGUACAGGAGGAGGACUGGGACAAUACAAACGUAUCUUCACGGCCGACAUGGGUCAAGACGCAAGGGCUGCUGCAGAAAAUGAGAUAUGCGCGGAAACUUCUCAGUAAUGUCGAGAUGUACGAAGACAGUCCGUACGCGGAUAGUGAUGCUCAAUAUGAGCGAUUGCGGGAGACAAUAAAUCGUCUGGAAAGCGUGGUGAAGGAACGCGUCGCUCUCAAGCCUCAUCGCCCAGCCCCAAUCUUACCAACUAUUCCGACUCCACUCUUCGCAAUACGAGCAACAGCGCCAGUGCCACUGUCCGCUAUAACACCGAGUGCUUCCAACUCCGCGGGAACCGAGCCCAUCUCUCCAGACGAGUCGACCACCAUAACAGCGCAAGACCUUCUAUUAUCGCCCUCUGACACCGCUACCAUGCUGCGCGCCCCAUCUUCGAACCCCAGCGUGACACUCCUCCCACCAAACCUUCCCUCAUCUCCCGCCAAGUCCACUGUCACUGGCACGCCUGCGUUCCUCCAGAAUUCGGCUGCCCUGCAGGAAGAGCUAUCUGCCCAGCUGGCGCAGAUGGCGACUCAAUUGAAGCGCAAUGCGAUCCACUUCGCCGACUCGCUCGACAAGGACAAGGCAGUCGUCCUGGAGACGCAGGCCAAGCUUGAGCGCAACCACGAUGUCAUGCAGAGGGAGCGCGUCCGCGUGAGGGAUCAUAGAUCGAAGAGCUGGGGGACGACUUGGCUUGUCCUCUUGAGUAUAAUGGUCGCAAUCGUCGGUUUCAUCUUGACCUUCUUCGUUAUCCGGUUCACAUAG